AUGGUAGUAAAAGGACUGAUACAAUUCCCCGAAAACAGAAUCGUAGACAGCAUUAAAAAUCAAGGCCUUCAUCCAUUGUGUGAAAAUCAGAUACUAAAUAUCUGGUAGAGUGACUUUCGUAUCUGGGACCUCGCUUCUACAAAUCAACCACAUUCGAUACAGAGAAAACACUAAGAUCUACUGAGAAAGAUACGAAUCCCGUAAGCUCAACACCCGUGUUUCUGUUGUCAAGCCCAUGGUGUCACACUCUUCCGCUAACUAUAACAAAAAGCAGUCUGCGUCAAGUGUGCGGGACUACAUGAUACAAGAAUACGCACUAAGAAACUCGAGACGUCACCCUUAUGCGCAAAUUAUAAAAGCACACAUCCAGCCAACUAUUCUAAGUGCCCAGCCCUUCUUGCCUACUUAA